GCGGCAUCAAUUCAAUGCCCAAACAUCAGUCGUUGACUACCGGGGGUGGCACCACCACCGCCCACCAGAAACUGCAUGCGCUAUACCAAGGCGUGCUCCAAACGUCGCCUAUCCUGACGAUCUUGGCAGCAGGGAUUACGUGGCCAAAGGUUAUGGAGCUCAUGACUGUCAAGCAUUUUACCAUGGGCCACACGGUGUGGAGGGCGGGUCAAGUGCCAACAGACAUGGGGUUUGUGCUGGAAGGGCAAUUUGAACUGCAAACAGUCGACGACAACAACGCCAGUGGAAGUGCCAUUACAAAAGUGUGCCCCAGAGGUUCGUGCAUUGCAGGACACGCCACGGUUACCCACACACCCCUCAACGCCUCCGUCGUGGCCACCAAGUACAAGUCUACGCUUAUGACGCUUUCAAGGAGUAAAUUCGCGACGGUUUUGCAUCAACUGGAGGCGAGUCGAGCCGAGCAAUUGCAACAUGCCCUCCUGACCGCGUACCAAGAGGAGAUGCGCGCACUGUACCCACCUACGGCGGUCACUCCGUUGACGAAUCCGAGACUACCCCCUGCGCCAGUGGUGGCAGUGUCCCCUCAACCGCCUCCCACGACCGUUCCAGUCGAGUACGAAAGCUCCAGUGGGACGCUUGUGCUGCACGAACCUAUUCGUAGCCGCCGAGGGUCGCUCAAGCCCCGCCUUCAUCCGAUCUGUGUCCAAGCCAGGGCCAACAUGGUUCGUCGACUGGAGCAGCUCCACAUUCCUGAACAGUAUCAACCUGGCGACUCGACAACGUUAGUCCGAAAGCCAUUUGGUCACCACAAUGCCGGCACAGUGACCAAGGAGAAGCCCAUGGGGAGGCUGUUGCGACCCCUGGACAAGCAAAGAGACCCGCACAUUAUACAUGCCGAGCGAGAAUUUGCCUGUGGAUCAUCAUCGCCGUCCAAUCUCUACGAUUCGUCGCUGACGUUGAUGCAGUCCACCCCGAACAUACCGCAGCAGACAGGCCAUCAUCGACCCCUGCCCCCCGUGAACAAGCCCCACAUUAGAAUAGACCAGCUUAGCGUUCAACAGCACACGACCGCGUUAGGACCGGUCAUCCCCCCAACUUCCAUGCCCCCGCUUAUGAAUCCCCUUCAACGACAAUGCACAGUCCCAAGCCCUCAAUCUCCCGCGUAACAGAGGAGCAAUCUAAUACAGCU